AUGGUGGGCAUAUUGAGCAAGAUACCUCCGCCGGCUCAAUUGCUGAAUUCUAAAGCUGCUGGAAUAGCAGUCGCCUCUGUAGGUGCAGGCAUUCUUUUGCUUUGGAAGAAAAAGCUUGAGGAUCUUAGCGCAAAAAGGUAUUGACGCUCGUAUUACCAGUUUCAACCUGGUUAUUCUCAGCUGAGCUAAUAAUGUUCCAGCUUUCAUUCUUUGAUCAUAUUGAUGUGCUUGUGAAUUGUUCGAUCUAUCUGUAGAUAUAUAAAAAAGUUGAAUUUUCGCAUAGCCCUAUACGUCAAAUGGUUAUGCAAGUUUUUUUCCCGUGCAAUUAAGUUAAAUUGUUCGCUGUUUCUUUACGCAUUGUGGUUUACGAGAAUAAGUUUGGGCAGGCAUCAUGAGAAUGUUUGGGCUCUGCAGAAAUUUAUCGAGAGAAAGAACAUCUCUUCGAUCAACAUGAUUAAAAGUGAGUUCUCUUUUGCGCACUUGCAGAAAGGAUCUUACCGGCGAUUUACACAUAUCCCUAGAUGAGGUGAGUGUUAAUUAUACUUUACGCAUGACAUUACGUAAUUCGUGACGAUGCAAAUCUUGAUGAGGGCCCUGUUGUUCGAAGGCCGAUUAACGCUAACCUAGGGUUAAAUUUUAUUCAGGGUUUCUUUUCCGUUUGUUCAAAAGCAUUUUUCCUGGGUAAUUUUCUGUCUUUUUUUAGAGCAUCCAAUCAUUUAUAAAGCUUUUCUAUCUGAAAUUAAAUUUCCCCCUAACCCAGGGUUAACUUAACUCUGCUUUGAACAACCCGGCCCAGAUGUUCAUGUACUUGGGCGUGCACAGCUGGACUUGCAUAUAAAAUAUUUUUGUUUUUCAUUGAUAAUAAUACAGUCAAUGUCUAUUACUCUUUAUGAUUGUUUUAAAUUUAAUGUUAUUAAUGGUCCUAACACCUAAGGAUAACCUGUAGGAUACCGGCCCACAUAUUUUCAUGCAGGGUGCAAAGAAAGUCAGAUAAGCCUUAAAUUACAGCUUGCCCAAUGUAGUAGUCCAAGAGUGUUUUUCACAAGCAGGAAAUUGAUUAUUCCCUGGCUACACACCAGAGUCCUAACAACACAAGCAGAGGUCUCUCAUGGUAAGAAAAGAUAGAGAGUAAAGAAGGAGACCUCUGCCGGUCCCUGAUGCAUUUCCUAUUACGCAUGCACUGGUGUUUCUUUAACAACCAGUAAUGUUUUAGUCACAUGCGAGGGGCGGAUCCAGGAUUUUUCUUAGGAGGGGGUGCACCCUGACUCGUCCCUAGUCAUCUCUCUCUCUGUCUCUCCUUAGUGGCGUGACGGGUGUGAUGAGAAGGAGGAAAGCGAGGGAGAGAGUCUUCCUCCCUUUUCCCUUCCCAUCACCCCCUGCUCCCGCCGCGCGUGUUACGCGAAGACGACUGGGGAUGAGUCAGGGGUGCACCCCUAAGGAACUAUCAUUUUCAUGCCAUUUAACAUAAAUUUUUCAACCUCGUCUCAUGUUUUACUUCAACACCAAUAAAUCACAAAGUAUUUUUUUUGGCAGAAUACCAGUUGUAUUAGAAAGCUGCAGGUCAUUUUUUUUUUUUUUGGUGGGGGGAGGGGGUGCUAACCCCCUGCACCCUCCCCCUAGAUCUACCCCUGUGUUCAAUGCAACUUACAGAACUGGUUUGCAUGGAAAUUAUGACUAUGGACUCUGAAAUUCCUGGUAUAACAUCUCAACAGGGCAUGCGCAUUCAAUACUAAUUUUUGAAAAAAGACGAACCUGUUUUUGAAAACCUGUCAAUCUCGACCACAAAUGUGAUUGGCAGCUAAAUAAAAGAAUGUGUCAGAACCUGGUAGAGGUCUCUAUCCUUCCUCAUUUUUUCUCCCGCUGUGAUAGACCUCUGCUGGCAGGAAUUUAAUUCCAGAAACUUCACUUACCCAGAGAUUCCCAAACUCAAACUCAUUUUUAAACCAAUGCAUUACCUUCACACUGAAUACCAGAGCGUCUCGUUUUUGUAUACUUCAUUCAACAGGAGAUUGAGAGUCUCAUCAGUAAAUAGAUGGGCGGGUAUUCUGAAAUCAUUCUUGCAGUUUAGUACAUGUAGUAAGGACAGUUAUUUGUUAUGCAUGCUCAUCUUGAAGAAGGCAUUUCUAAAGAUUUUAUAAAUACAGCCCUCAAGCGAAGGUUAUGUUUCAAUAAAGAAAAAGAAUGUGAAACCAAUUUGUGGCUUAAACUAUAUUGAAACUGUAUUUGAAAGCACGUUUCUUGAAUAAAAUAACGUGUUGUGUAUGGUUAUUGGCAGUUUAUUGUUGUAUACUCUUUCUUGAAGCCUGCAUCGUAUCGUUUUUAUUAGGAAAGAAAACAGAAAAAAGAGAAGGCUGCAGUGGAUGCUGUAUUUUUCAGGUAAUGAUAAUUGAACAGCUAAAAAUGACAAAAUGAGCAUAAUUUUUGAUGAAUGGAUGACAAUGUAAAGUUGUUUGACUUUGGUCUUUAGCUGAAGAAUUUCGUAUUGGUAAUUGAAAAUGGUGUUGUUUUAACCUAAUUGCUAUCUGUUGUACUCUCCAACAUCAGAAUGAACACCUGAAAUUGCAGGAAUUUUGAUUCUGUGUUGACCAAUCACAAGGAAAGUCAUGACAGACAAGCAGAUCACAACACAACAAACUAAUUUCUGUUGCUGCUAAUGGUUUAGUUUUCUUAUGCCUGAUUGGCUUUUUCCUUGAAACAUGAUAACAUUCCAGAUUUUUUUUGUGGUGUGCAUGGUUUUUUUUAGUUUUACCAUAAAACUGUAUAUUUAUUCAGGACAGCAUGACAGACAAUCUAAAAGUUUUUACCUGUUAUUAAUUGACCAAAACUGAUUAAACAUGGUUUUGCUGACCCCCUUUUUUGUCAAGACCUAUGAAAUACAGGUAUAUGUUGCAGUUAAUUUUUUAUCGCAGGUAAUUUUUACAUUUCUCUUGUUUCAACUUCAUUAGCAUACAUUUCCAUAUCCAAAAACAGAAGGAAAACAAAAAUUACCUGAGAUAAAAAAUUAACUGUAACAUAUACAUACAAUGAUGAUGUUAUUUGCCCCUGAAAGGAAUGUUUGUGGAACUACAUGUACGUAUGCUGUAAAUUGGUUUCUGUGAUGAUACAUAUCUGUCGGCCUAUUUUGAAAGAAAAAAUUCGGCAAUUAUUUUCUACGUUAGUCUGUCUUCUCCUUUACUGAGCAGAUAUCACUUCUUUGCUUCAAAGUUAAAUACAAGUUUACCAUUUGUUUGUUCUUCUUUACACAUUAUUUAGGAAACUGCUAAGAAUUUUGAAAAUUAUUGUCCCUGGAUGGCUUUCUCCUGAGGUACACAGUUUAUUUAGUAUUUCUUCCUUGUGUGUAGAUAAAGGUGCACACAAGCCAAAGGCCCAUAUGGCCAGACCCUAUGAUGGUUUCCUUAGCAUCAAGCAUGCCUAGGAGUAUUGGUACUCCCCCUACUCCCUUUCUCGAUACGGUAUUAAAUUUGAAAGCUUUUGCCUGUUCCGUUACUAAAUUUGGCAAAAACUGGGGUGACAUCAAAAAAGCUCAGUGGAUCUUGUCAAGGAAAACAAACAAAACUAACAAGCGUGGAGACCCAGCUUGGAUAAUAGUAGUUUUGUUUCUUUUAUUCUAAAAUUUAGCGCUUUCACUAAGGGCCAUGGGUCCAUGACUCCUCACAACUUUUUAAGAAAACAAAAGGAAUAUACAAAUGAGUUUAUUUCUCGUGUAAUUUCCGUGCAAUGUGACCUGGAUCUACAUGUAAGAAACAUGCAUGUAAUGCUGCAAUUCCAAAAAAAAUGCCAGGCUUCAAUUUCCUGCCUACAAAUUGCAUGUCCCCAGGCAAAUUGAAAUCUUAUUUAGCGCCCUGAUGACUCUUUUCCGUGAAAAAUGGCCUUAUUUCAUAACAUCUUUUUUUCCAGACUGGCUAUUUGGUACUUGUGGCUCUAUCUCUCAUAGCAAGAACAUAUUGUGAUGUGUGGAUGAUACACAAUGGUACUGCAAUUGAGAGGUGAAAUCCAAAUGUUUUUGAUACAUACACACUGGUAGACUCAGGGGUCCUGGGCCCCCCUGUUUUUAGACCAAACUGAGGCCCAAAGGGCCGAAAAAAAUUGUUUUUGAGGCCAUCCCCCCAUCUCAGGUUCUGGAUGACCACCCCAAACCUUCCCCCCCCACCUCCCCCGCUUAACUAAAGGUGUGGAUCUGCCACUUCAUACAUGAAGUUUAUUGUAGUUAUAUGUCUUGAUAAUGUUGUGGUCAAGUCUUAGAUUUAAAUCAAAGCACAAAUAUAAUAAUAAUAAUAUUAAUAAUGAUGAUGAUGAUAAUAAUAAUAAUCUUUAUUAUGCUUUUGUUGAUGUGCAUAGUUGAUAUUACAAUCUAGUCGAUUUACUUACAAUAGAAAAUUAAUUAAUAAUAAUAGAAUUAAUGUGCAAGCUAGGAAGCUAAAUGAACCAGUUGGUUUUCUUGUUACAUGUAGCUCCUUGAACAAUUUAUGUUCUAGGUAGCAGGUAAAAUCAAAAUAAAUACUACGAGGAAAAAAAAACAACAAACAAAGACUGAAGAACUUAAUUCAGGUUAAAAUAAUUAUUGUUAAACCUACCGUAGGUUGAUUUUCAAUAUCCUUUGUCUCCAAGUCCUAGUUAUUCGUGAAAUAGUGUUAAGAGCGAGCGUUAAUAUUUUUUGUUCUUAUUUUUGAUAACCUGCCUUGAUUAGCUAUGCUAACUGUGCUUUGUCAAUGUUGUAAUAUUGUUCCCUUUGAAAACGGAAUAAAAUUAAGUAUUAUUAUUGUUGUUAUACUAAUCACGUCUGCAGCAAACCCAUUUUUGAAGCACCUUAGAUUAUAAGACUAGCAUUGACAGUUUUGUCACCACUGUGUUUGAAGCUUGUAAUGUGGACUCUUAUCUUGGAGCUGUCCCGUAGUAGUGAAAUUAAUUUCUUCCAUUCAAUCUCACUGUAUGUUAUGAUAUUAUAGGUCCAUUAUUGGUGGAGAUUUUGGAGGAUUUAAAUACAACCUUCUUCAGCUUGUAUAUGCCAUGCCAUUUGUAAGUUCCAUUCUCAUGUGUGCCAACUUAUUGGUUUUUGUCUCACAUCGAUCACAAAUUAAUUUUGCAUGGCUAAUGUUUUAUACCGUAAAUUUGUAAAUGCUGAUUAAGAGAUUAUUUUGUUUGCUUUAUUCAUUACAGUUAGCUGUUGUCAACCAACUUAUGAAGGUCAGUGCAAAAUGAUCUACAUUUUUAUCAUUCUUGAUUCAGGUCAAAGUCGCAUAAAAGCAAAACUUUGUUUUAAAUGUACACUGUAAAAUAAAGUAAUGUUAUGCUUCAGAAUUAAAUUUUACUCUGAGUGAAACAUUAUUACUCCAUUUUUCCUUGGUUAGUCCCAAUGUUCUGACUGGCCAGUCUGGCUAUAAAUCAUAGAAGGUGUUGCAUGUCUUUUGACAUACAUCUCAGAAGGUUUAACUUUAAGAGUGUGUGCAAGUGGACUAACCCUGACACCUUCAGUCGAACCCUCACUGCACUUGCUACAAUGUAUAUAAAACACAGUGCAAAAAAAACAAUGAAUUUCCGGACAUUUAUAUUUCUGUGUGCCUUUAGUUUGGACUAAAUGAGCUGAAGUUGAGAUUUCGCACGAGGUUAACUCUUCACCUGUAUGAGCAAUAUCUUAGGUAAGUUGCAUUGAUCAAUCAUCCAAUGAUCAGUUACACAGGGUAGAUUCCAACCCUGUCGACUAACAAAGGGAGGUUUUUGGCAUGGUAUACCCGCACCCACAAGCACUGAAGGUGCGAGCCCCUAGAGGGAUCCGGUGGCAUACUCCCCUGCAAAUAAUUUUAAGAUAUUUGCCUCUAAGAUGCCAUUUCCUGCAUUUUGAGACCAUGAAUGAAUGCAAACCUUGCACAAAGUUGAGGCAGUCCAGUGUAUUAGCAUGCCCAAAGAUAUUGCAGGCUAGAUGCUUGGAUAAAAAUGGCUGAGAAACCUCAGAAAAAUGGCAAAGAAUCAUGCUAAAAAGACUGGUUAAACAACGAAAGGAAGAGUUUUAAAAACUGGGAAGGCAGGAAAUCUUUGUCAAAAAAUAGGAGGCUUCUGGCCAAAACAGGAGGGUAGGAAUCUCUGACACAGUGAGUGGAUUGAAUUGUGAUAAAUUUGUGGUGAAUUUUUUUCUAACAUUGCACACUCUCAUGGCUUAUACUUUGAGGUCACUUGAGAUCAAACAAUAAAACUAUAUCCCACUUUGCGCAAUACUGCAAAAUCCACGACAUCAGAGGAUUACUAUACUCUGGUACUCACUAAUUUUGAUUGCUUAAUUGUUGAGAUUUGGUUUCGUAAAAUUUGUUUGUACAGACAGAAUUAUUCUCUAUUGGCUUGGUUUCCCAAACUGGAGCUAGGCCCCAGUUGCUUCUCUGUAGUCUAAUCUUCUCUCAUGAGCGAGUAUUGUGUGUAAUAAUGAUUAAUUUGUUAAUCUUUCAGUUCUUUUACCUUCUACAAAAUGAGCAACUUGGAUAACAGGAUUGCUAAUGCAGAUCAACUUCUUACUCAGGUAAUUGUAUAUUGAUGUUUAAAAGAGUCUGUAAAAUGCAACUCAUCAACUUGACUAAGGCAAUUAUAUUAAUAUUUUUUGGGGGGUUGGUUUUGAAACAAAGUGUUGUUGCAUUAGUCUUUAGUUCAACAGGGAAAUUGGUUUUGAUGUCAACUAAGUUGGAUAACGGUAAUUUCUUUAACGUGGCCAUUAUGAUAGGAUUCUAUACUGAAAUGGCCAGGACAAUUUUUGUUAUUAUUCAUUCAUUCAAAUAUAUUUUUCAUAACUCAUCUUUUAAUCUGAGCAAAAUAAUUGCGAGAUUAAAGGAUGUUGCACACAGCAUUGUUACUCUGUGCAGGUCUUGAGAAAAAUGGCUGGUUUUUAAGAUUGCUAAAAAUGAAAUAAAUGUGACUUUAUCAUGAUUACCAAUAUUAAAGCAAGAGUAUGCUGUAUUUAUGGAUGUAAAACUUUUCUUUUUUUAUAAGGAUGUAGAUAAGUUUUGCAACAGUCUCGCAGAGCUAUAUUCCAAUGUCAGCAAGGUGGGUGACUUCAGUUCCGUUAAUACAUGUAUCAUGAAUAAAUUAUAUUUAAAUGUACCUCUAAGAGCAGCCGCUGGGUCUUAUAUUAAUUUUAUUUGGGAGAAAAGGUUUUUAUGAUUGCAAUGUAGGAUAUAACUGUAAUAAUACUGGGUUCUAUCUGUUCCAAGGGGGUUAGCACUAAAAAUGGUUAAAAUGCCCAGCUUCCCGGUUUAUCAUCAGUACAGUUCUAUCAAACUAUACCAGAACGUGAUAAUUUUUAAAAUGUUUUACCAUUGUCCAAUUUCUCAAAUUGUAGGCAAAAAGAAUUCAACUGAAUCUCAGGCUUUUUUCAAAAAAUUUCAUAUUUGAGUUCCCGGACCCCCUUGGAAGCUCUAACCCUGGGUUAUCUUAAAUCCUAGAUAGAACCCUGAAUACUGGUGAUUAUGAUGGUAAUGUCAUGUAGAUGAUAAAGAAAGUGAACAUUAUGAUGAUGAUGAUGAUAAUAUUCCACUCCGGGAGAAACUAUGUGUGUUUCAACCCUUUGUACAGUUCCUACAAUGUGAUAUUUUGUUGCAAUGUGCCUUGCUAGAGGCUUAGAAUAAGCGAUUUUGGUAACACUACUUCACAGUCUGCGUAUAUUGGCUUGAGUUAUGUCUACAAAUUCUGGGUAGAGUGAAAAAGACAUGUGAGGCUCACUUGGAAAUCCUUAGGUAAAAUCCCUGAAAAAAGAAUUUGUAAAUAAUCCCUUUAAAUGAGCCUUUGAUCAAAGAUACAGAAAGGCCCAGUUCAAACGUCAAACUUUUCAUGUACCGUACUUAAUAGCUAUUUGGGCUGACCCAGAUGAUGUAAGUUUGACUGUUGAUUCAGACGUUGAACCUAAUUCGUCAAACUCAAUUCUUUUUUGCAAUGUUCAAAUAACAAUGGCCUACUAUGUUUACCAGUGAAAAUAAUAUGUACUAGGUUCGGCACAUGAAAGGUUUCAUGUUUGAAACCAAGUCCCUCCUCUGUUAAAAUUCCCAUGUGGGCUACUCGAACUUAAUUCACGGGUCAACCAAAUCAGAUAUGUCGGAUUUAAUUGAUUGAAACACAAUGAAUACCUUGGCCGCUUACAAAAUGCCCAAAUAGGCGGGCGUGGGAGUAUUACACUAGACAGCAAAACAGUUGGUUUUUUCUCUCAAAAUCGGUUUUUUGUAGCGUUACAGCGGCGUGAAAGCCCCACGCGCCAAAGCGUGCGAGCCUCACACAUAUUUUCAGCCUCGCUCCAGACCUUUGUGUGACCGUUCUUGCGUACUUGUAGACUGCAAAACAGUCUGUAUUUUUACAGUCUACAAUGUAGUAUUACACAGUGUAGAUGAACAUUGUCAUUUGUGAGUUUCUCAAUUUUUUACUAACAUGCUUAUGGUCUAUUAACUUGCAGCCCUUACUGGACAUAGCGAUAUACGUCCAGAAACUUACUGGAGCAAUUGGCAUCCAGGUAUUCUAUUAAAUUCAAUGCCAACUUGCACCUGCACACUGUAUGUUGACUCUGUGUUCUUGCUUACCUUUUGCCCAAAGGUUUACGGUCAAGUUGGCAGAAAGUCAUCUCGCCUGACUUUUUUUUAUUGGGUGACAUAACUCAGCAUUUCAGAUCACUUAACAAAAAACUGCAGUAACGGGGGCGGAUCCUGGAUUUUUUUUAGGAGGGGGUGCACUCGUCUCUUGCUCUACUUCAACACUAAUAAACCACAUAGUUUUUUCUUUUUGCAGAAUACCAGUUGCAUUAGAAAACCGCAGGUCAUCUCGGGGGGGUACGCACCCCCUGCACCCUCCCCCUAGAUCCGCCCCUGAGUAACAUAACUUUGGGCGAGAUUUUGAACUUCGGGCAACUUGACCAGUUAGCUACCCAAAGGCAGAGCUAUUCCGUUCAAAUAAAUUGCCAUUAAAACAUUAAUUAGGUGGACUUUUAAAGGGGCUAAACAGUUGUUCUGCUUCAUGAAUGCGAUUUUCAUAUGACCUUCAAAAAUGGUUUGGGUAAGUGUUCGUUAUUUGUUUUAUCAGCCAAUGGAUCAAAAGAUCAAAACAUGGACUCUUCGUUUUCCCGCCAGAGAAAACCCUAAUAUGUAGAAGGCAUUGUUCGAUUGGCCAAUCGUGUUGCAGUAUGACGUCAAAGCGAAGUAUCGAUUGAUUUCUAGAAAGUUCUCGGGCAUGAAGUUUUUUCAGCCGAGUGUUCGCUUAACCAACCAAAAGCUCCUCCUUGCUCUCUUUGGGAACCUUUGUGUUCAUGCAUGCGCAAUUUCCCUCCAGCAAUGCUACACUGCGUAUUUCAUGGCUUUCAAAUAAACUUCACUCGCACACGUACCGCUGUCAGUUUUGUUUGGAAGUCUUUUUUUGGCUCAGUAUAACCUUUGCAUAAAGAGUUGUAUCAUAUGAGUUGUGAUGUUUGUUUUACAGGGUCCUGCUAUCAUGUUAGGGUACUUGGCUGUGUCAGGACUUGUACUAACAAGGUACAAUGCCUCUGUGAUAUAUAAAUAUGUUUUAAUAACAAGAUGAUCAAUACGAGUUAGUAUAUCCUUGAAUUUCAUUGUGUGGGGGGUUAUUUCAAGCAGUGAAAAUGUUGUUUUAAGAAUAAAUAUCCAAGCCAGAUCAAGUUUAAGGCAGUAGUAGUCCAGGGAGAAAUGCCGUCGAGCGAAUCGACUUUCGUUCGAAACGGCCGCCCAAGGAACCAACAUUAAUUUGAUAGUUUGAUUUUGCGGGGCUUCAAGGAUAGGGGGAUAAAAGUUACUGAAACCGACCUAGAUGAAAAGCGAAAUUAGGUCAAAUUAGGUUGAAGGUCGAGUAAACGGUGUUCGAGUUACCAGAGGUCUAGUGCGGAAUUGGUCUCUCUGUAAAUUUUACAUAAAAACUGUCUCUUGAUUUUUGCCAGAUUACGGCGGCCUGUUGGCAGAAUGACAGCAGAAGAACAGCAUCUUGAAGGAGAAUUCAGAUUUGUGAACUCUCGUCUAAUAACUAACAGGUAAAGUAAGCACAUUUGAUACAUGGAACUUUCUCUUCUGUGGGAGCUAACGACUAAGGCUAUGUUCAUACUUACUUAAACUGGAUAGCUGUUGAUGUUGACACUAAAAGCUAUCCGAUAUAGAUUUGGUAUAGUAUGAACACGUAUCCAAUACGUGACUCCCCACUUUUGAGAGCGGCGCGGCGUAGCUUCGCUCCGUUACAAAAAUCCCGCCGAAAUCACCGUUCCUAUGUGUGUCUGAACAGAAGCCCUGUCCUGUAUGUUUUUCGCGCCGGCGCAAAAGCGAUCCAGUAUAAUGUGACUCUGGACGAGCACAUUGAACAUUCAAGUAAAAGUUCUUCACCAAUUCCAGAUAUGGGGUCUGUGUUAAUUGUCGUGUGUUUUUAAAGAGUUUCUGCCUUAUCAGUCUUACUUUUUGGAUCUACUAUUAGGAAGAUUUAUCCAGCCUGUGUACAGCCGUUUUCUUCUCAAACGUUUGAGGGAAGGGGGCGGUUUUACACAGGCUAGAUUUAUCAAACUAACAAGUUAUCGGUACCUUAGGCUGGUUUAUAUUUUGUUUUAGUAACUUUUAGUGCACUGUCCCCUCUCGAAGAGUUCGCCGGAGUGCGUUCUUAUUUAACAAAUGCUGGUUCCUUUUUAUUCAUUUAAGCGAGGAAAUCGCCUUUUACCAAGGAGAGAAAAGAGAAAAGCAGACCAUUGAUAGCACUUUCCAGAGAUUGGUAAGGUUGCGUAUUAAAGAGAUGUCUAAUUGUCCCUUCAAGCGGUACCAACGACCCUGCCUGGCUCGCGCACUAAUAUUGUUUUUGUAACAAGUGACAGUGGACUAUUGAGUGGGGCCUGGCUGAUUUUUCCAUUGUGGUUGACCAAGCAAAGAUUUGGUUUGGCAUCACCUUUUGUCGCUUCAAGGAAAAGUGUUUCUAACGCGAUUCAGUAACUUAAAUUUGUCUGGGAAACAUUUGCGCCCGCCACGGUGUCUCCUCAGCAGUGUUUCAAGGUUUAACAAGACCCUGGCAGUCGUUGUUUUGACAAAUUAACCUUCUUUGCGGUUAUUAUUAUAGAAUCGCGUUUUUAAUUCUCCCGGCUAUAUUUUCUUAACCAGCAACGUUGUACGCAAAAUCGCAUUCAGUCUUAUAACUUUUUUCACACUGCUGUUGUUUUAGGUAAACCACCUCAGAAAUUUCAUUCAAUUCAGAUCAAGUAUGGGAAUCAUUGACAAUGUUAUAGCAAAGUGUAAGUAGAACAUGGUGAUAAAACAACUUCAAUGGACGCCUGUGUAGCUAAACAGCAGUUUUGCAUGGGGGUUAAAAGGCUUGACUAGCAAAACAGCACUUGUUUGUGCGUUAAAAAAUUAGCAUAACAGCACUCUUGAAAUAUUGUCAAUGGCAAAGCUGUACGUACGUACUGUUUUGCUUAUUAAAAGUUUAAACUGAAUGCUUACCUUACGAGCAGCUCUAGCCUUACAGAAAUGUGUACACAGCGAGCAGAGCUUUUUCUCUUGCACGGCUUUUAGCAUUUGCGAAGUCGUUCGCGUGGCUUGUCUGUGGCGUAGUUAUUUUGUAAACAAACGGGGCGUAAACAAACCAACCACGCGACUGACAAACGACACGAGCGACUUCUCAAAUCCUACAAGCCAUGCGAGAAAGAAACCUCUACUCGGAGGGUGGCAAAUGUGUUGUUUUGCCAGUCAGUCUUAUAAAGACAUGUGCGAAGAUCUGGUUUACAAAUUAAAUCUUUAAUUGCACGUGCAAAUGCGUUGAUUUGUUAAACAUGCUUUUCAGUGCACGUGCAAAGUUGAUGUUUUGCUAAUUAAUGCUUUUAAUUUGCACGUGCAAGUGUUUUGUUUUGGUAACAGGACUUUCCAAGGCGCGUAAAAGUGUUGCUGGAUUCUUUUACGUAUGGCGCAAAUUUAAUAACCUAAAAAUUAUUGAUGCAGAAGUAAAUGUUUCUCAUUAUAGCCUCCAUUUCGCUGUUAGAUGAUUAACCGUAUAGCUUGAUCAUUUAAACUUUCAGAUGUAGCUACUGUUGUUGGUUUUUCUGUUGUCAGUCGGCCUUUCCUAAAUAAGACAAGCACAAGACACCUUAACAGUACUCACAGCGAGAGAAUGGAGGUUAGUUGAAUUGGUUGUCGGUAUUUUCCGCGUGUUGUUGUGAUGAAGUGAUUGAAGUGUUGAAUGGGUAAUCUCGAGUUUUGCAGCUGGCUUGAAAAAAAAAACUGUAAAAUGCAGGAAAAUGAAGUUCAAAGCUUUAAGAAGGAGAGGGAUGGGGUGGGUAAAGCGUACCCCUCCCCCGAAGAAGGGGUAAAACGGCCUUCUUCGGGGGGAGGGUGCGGCUAUACGUAGGGUAGUAAAGAAAUAAGCCAUCUGUUUUACAACUACUACCAGAAUCGUUCAGGGUUUUGCUAUCUUGUGCAAAACUGUGCUUUUGUUAUUCAAAACUCUCUGGGAUUACCAAACUUGAAUACAUUAAACUAAGGAAAAGGAAAAUGAGUUUCUUAUUAGUAGUAGUAUCGUGCAUAUGGCCUUUGUACAUCAUAAAAAUCUUUACUAUGAAUGUAGUUCUAUGACUGUUGGUUGUACUCUUUUCUUGACAAAGCCUAGCCUUACUUAAACUUAAAAGUAAACUUAAAAGUAAACAAAUGCAUGUCAAAAAAAGUUAAUUUCUGAGGUUCUUUUGAAGUGAAGUAAUGUUGUUGUUUCCGUAGGACUACUACAGAAGCGGAAGAAUGUUAGUGAAAAUGGCAGAAGCUAUUGGUCGCCUUGUACUAGCUGGAAGAGAAUUGACAAGAUUAGCGGGGUAAGGGUCAAAAACUGCGUAGCGGUGUGGGCGGGGUGGGGGGGAGGAUAUUAUUGACUUUCUCUCAGACAACGAAGCUUCAGUUCUUAGGAAAGUUGUUAGGUUCAGUUUUUAGGAAAGUUGUUAGCUUCGUUUUUAAAGCUGUUUAGUCAUCAAUGGAAAGAUGCGUGGUCACUUCAAUUCAACUUUCUUUGCAGAUAGCGUGACAGCUUUGGUUCCGUUUUUAUACUCAAAUAAAGCACGCUUUUUCAACCAAUCAGAUUGCUCGUUAUAUCUGAACUUUAUUACAUAAUUGUUUAAAAAUGUAUCUUUUGUUAGCGCAAGGACCUCUGCUUCGUGUUAUGUUACAGCUGGGAAGCUAAUUAACCCUACUUUCGUACUAAUCGAUUUUCAAAUGACUUGUCGCGAAAGGAACUUGGCAUGCUGGGAACAGUUCCUGCGUCAUCGUCAACCUUACAAAAUUGCUCAUUACUGAUAUUUUCCUAGUGAAGAUGAUCGUAGCGAGUGUUGCUUUCUUUCUUUAGGUAUACGUCUAGAGUCUCUGACCUAAUGGGUGUUUUAAAAGACCUGAGUAAAGGCAAAUAUCAGAGAACAAUGGUAUCCAGCCAAUCAAAGGGCGAAAAUGCAAAGCAAGGUAUGGUGUCUCAGUAAUAUGUAUCCGUAUUUAAUGUAACCUUGAGCAAUCAUAGUGAAGUCGGAACCCAUCAUGAUAAAUAUAGGUAACUGAGGUUAUGUUUACACUAUACCGGGUAGGAAAGACCAUCCGAUAUAGUGGAAAACAUAGCCUGAAUCUGCUUAUAUAUCUCGCUGUCCUGGUCCUGAGACUCGUUACAUUCUUAAUAAUCCCCCAACAUGAUCAUAGACCCACCCCAGUCCAUCUUUCGUCAGUGAAAAAGUACGGCUCGAAACGCGCCAAUCGCGUUUAGAUUCUGCGCAACCAAUAGCAUCACGGCUUAACUGACAGACAACCACUGCCCUCCCGACUUAAUUGACCAAUCAGGUCAAUAACCAGAGUUUAUCUUUAAGACAUGACUCUUAGCUUAAACCUUACAAUUUCCAAAAAAGUUUAGUAUUUGUUAUUCAAUCUAUUCAUGUAACUUCAUUUUCAUUUUAGAAAAAACAUCCAAAGAGUAUUUGGAUUCCAAUCAAGGAGAAAUUAUCGAAACUGACCACUUGAUCAGGUGACGUUUAAUUCUUAAUUCUACUCUAACCUUCAGAAACGUUUUGUUGUUUCCAGGGAGCAAGACUUUAUUUCAAAACGUGUCUCGUGUAACUUAAUGGAGCAACAAUUCCAUAAACAAGAGCAUUUUUUUUAGGUCUUGCAACAUGGCGUCCUUUGGUUUUGAAUAUUUCUUGAUGAACAGUUCAAUUAUUAUUCUUUUUUUUAAGCGAGCGUUCAGAUUCGGAUACACUAACAACCUGUAUGCAAUUUUAUCAGGUCGAGACUGUUAUGGAACACUAUCACGGAUACGUUUACUUUACCCCCUAAGAAACAGAGAUUUUUGCGAAACAGAGGACAUGAUUUUAUUUUACCUUGUUAAAACAGUUAAAUUUUUAUUAAUAGAAAUUUAAUUGUACUUGAUCUUAAAUAGAUUGCAUUGUCAUGUAUGUAAAGCCACACGUAUGUUGUGAUUACCCAACUAUGAAUGAAGACUCUUAUUAUUAUUAUUAUUAUUAUUAUUAUUAUUAUUAUUAUUGAAAAAGAUAAUUGUGCAUUUAGUGAUGAUUCUUUUUAUUUGUCACCAGGUUCGAAAAUGUGCCACUGGUAACCCCGAAUGGAGACGUUCUGAUAGACGAUCUUUCAUUUGAGGUAAAGAUACUUUUGUCUGUUUUCUCUUCAUUCCCUCUUAUAUAUCGCCUGUCAUUUCAAUAAACAUGUUUUAUGUUUUUUUCAGGUUCGCUCUGGAAUUAAUGUGUUGGUUUGUGGGCCAAACGGAUGUGGCAAAAGUUCAUUGUUUAGAAUCUUAGGAGAGGUGAGAAUCUGAUUACGUAGCUCAACUCAACAUUGCGGAAAGAUUUUUAAAUCUUUCUUUUAAAUCUUUCCCUAACUACGCUAUUUAAAAGUAGCGUAGUUCUGGGUUUUCUCCGAGCCGCCAUUUAGAAUGAUAGAGGGCCUAGAGACGAGAUCAGCAAACACUCUGCGAUGGUCUUUUUUUGUUUUUGUUUUUGCGUUAAAAUCUCUAAACCGUUAAGUUCAAACAUGGAAUCGUCAUCUUGGAUAUUUUUGCGCAGAAAUCUUUGGAGAGAACAGUUUGCUUGAAUCACUCACACCACCUCUCCCAUCGCAACCCACCCCGCACCCCCACACCACACCCCACACCACCUCUCCCACCACAACCCACCCCGCACCCCCCCACCACCCCCACGCGUUCGACCGUUGUUGCACCCCCACACCCCCCCCCAACCACCCCACCACCAAACCCCGUUUUUGCACCACACCUCGAUAACAAAGCACCAAUGACGACCGUUGUUCGGCAAACUGGAAAAACUUUUUUGCAUUUACUCGACAACAAAGCGCCAAGGACGUCGCGGUCUAGUUGCUUGAUUUGUGACUCUUACUAGAACGAGGCAAAUGUUAAAAUUACUUCGAACAAUUAUUUGUUCUUUUAGUUGUGGCCUCUCUUUGGAGGGAAACUCGUCAAACCACACAGGAGCAAGCUUUUCUAUGUUCCACAGGUAAGACGCGUCGAGUUUAAAUAAUAUCCUUUCUUCUGGCCGUGUCUCGUUUGCAGACCGUAAAAGAACUGAAUGUAUUCAGUCUUCAAUAUUCUAAGGAUUUCUUCUUAGAGUUUGUUGUAUUUCAGCGAAAUUCGUACGAUGCUCCUUUGCCUGAUUUGGCCUUAUUUUAACCAGGGUCGGGUUGUUCAAAGCUGGGUUAAGAUUACCCGCCAGGGUUAGGGCGAAAUUAGAGUUCAGAUAUGAAAGCUUAAUAAGUAAAUUCAGUUUAAUUCUUUUUGUCAACAAGUUGAUGAUUGGAUGCUCUUAAAAAUAACAGAGAAAAUUAUCCAAGCAAAUGUUUUUGAGCAAAAGAAAAAGAAACCCGGGUUAAGCCAGGGUGCAAAGAAAAUCAUUUUUACAGCUUGCCAUUCGGGCAAGCUAAAUUUCAAACCCAGAAUUGAUUUCACAGUUCUUCUGUUAUUCAAAUUCCUCAAAAAAAACCUCUCGGACAGUACUUUCUUUGCACGCUGGUAAAGCGCUAAUCGGCCUUCGAACAACUGGGCCCAGGAGAAAAGAAACUCCUUAACUUGACUUUCUUUUGUAUUUUCUUCAUGGCUAAAGAACAAGUUUUUUAAUUUACUUCAGCGUCCUUACAUGACACUGGGAACUUUGAGGGACCAAGUUAUUUAUCCUGACACCAAAGAAGAUUUACACAGGAAAGGGCUCACUGAUCAGGAUCUUGAAGAGUACCUGAACCAGGUGAGUAAAUCUUAAGGGUUCUUACUAUAAUAUCUGACCCUCAGAACAUCCUCUGAGGAACAAAUAACAGUAUUGCAGGUUGUUAUGGUUCCUAUAUGGUUUCAGCUUUAGCUAACCGACAUAUUUUCGUUAAAAGCAUUUCUGUUCUCCUAAGCUCACUCCAAAGACAUUUCUGGUUCUGUCCUUGACAAAUUCUUGAUAAUUUUAUAUGUGCUUAAUGUAUUUAUUUUUUGUAUGUCAGGUUCAUCUUGGUAAUAUUCUCGAGCGUGAAGGAAGCUGGGACACAAUUCAGGUGUGAUGAUUUUAGUUUUCUCGUGUUCGUGUUUUGACAUUUAUUUUUCUUCCUGAGCUUUGUGCAAAAACUUCACUUGGAGCUUUGUGCCUUUAUUGGUUGCUGCUACUCUAACUGCUGUUCGUAUUGGACGUCGCAUCUUUGACCGGACAGCGGAAACCAUCUCUAUCAAGUGCCAGUCUUCACAAUAUUUUGUCCAUCUUGAUUUAAUCUCAUCGUUCUCCGUAAGGAUAGCCGUAUCUUUCAUAACUUUCAUUUGCAGUCGAAACUUCUCUAUCAUGGAAGAGAAUUUAUCUCUUUGAACAUUUCUUGUGAGUUAUUGCAUGGUGCGACUCUAUCUUCAAACAUUUUGCUUUGAGUUCUUCUGGUUACUCUUUGUUAUCAGGACACCCAUUGAUAUCAGCCCUGCUGAAGAGACAAAUACUGUAUAAAUAUAGGUAAAUAAGUAAUUUGUUAUUUAUCGAGUGUUUUUAUCUGCUUUAGGACUGGAUGGACGUUCUCAGCGGAGGAGAAAAACAAAGAAUGGCUGUAAGUAGCUCAUUGCUUUUAAACAGUCUAUCUGUUUUGUUUUGUUCGGUUUUGUCCGUGUUCCGUAGCCGCCAUUUUUCGUGUUAACUUCUUUUGUACUUCAUUGUGUCAGCAUGAGGUAAACCUACAUUUUCAAAUUCGGGGGAGUCAAAGAGGAAGACGUCAAACUGUAACGAAGUUGUUGUUGAUGUUGUUUUUUUUCGUUUAUGUACAAUAGAUGGCUCGACUUUUCUACCACAAGCCACAGUUUGCCAUUCUUGAUGAAUGCACAAGUGCUGUUAGUGUGGACGUCGAAGGCUUUAUGUAUACUCGGUGUAGGGAGGUAGGUGUGCUUGUUGUUCUUUUGUGCCGCUUUCGUUCUGACCACAAUCGUAAAUGGAUGAAGGGUUUAGUUUCAAUUAAUAGAAUACCCAAAAUAGAAACUUUAUUUAACACAGAACUCAAACAGUUGAGCACUGAUUUACAUUGAAGUUGUGUAAAAAUUAAUUUUUGUUUAUUUCUAUACCAUCUAAGGUUGGUAUCACUCUGUUCACUGUAUCUCAUCGCAAGUCGCUGUGGAAAUAUCACGAGGUUUGUGUAUCGUUUCUUUUUUGUUUUGCGUUAGUUAUUUCAGUGCAGUCCCUUUGAAUGGUCACAUGUAAGUUUUGACAUGUCUGCAAUGAUCUGUAAUGGCGCUGGGAAGGAAGGUUUCAACAAAAGAUACAUCUUGUAACGUAACAGUAGAAACUUGUUCUGGAACUGUUUUAGUCUAACCAAUGAAGGCAAACGUUGUUAUUUUAUCAUCACAGAAAGUGUUGCAGGGUUGCGAAAGUAGAAGUUACGUUUCGUGAAACUAUUUCACACUGCAAAUUCGAAAGCUUCGUCCGAACUAACCACAUUACGACCUGCAACGCUUGAAACUUGUUUAUCAAAACCUUUUACUUUUUUCUCGUAGUAUGUGCUGUACAUGGACGGGAGAGGUUCUUAUGAGUACAAACCAAUUGAUUCUGCCACCACAGAAUUUGGCUCUUAACUGCUCACGCACCAUCAUACUGGACACUACUGCAAAAAGGGGACGCACCCCCGUGGUGUAGUCCACCUUUCAGGGGUUGUAUGAGGAAAGGAAUUGUCACGGGGCCACAGUAUUUAACGUAUUGUUAAAUUCAGUUAAUGAGUGUUUCCCUAUUUCGGCUAGUAAAGCAAGGCCGUUAUAAUCUAAGGGCCUGUUUACAUGGAGGUGGGGGACCCCAGAUGGGUGAGGUUAACCCGCUUUGGUGGGGUAAACCCGCCUGUUCACAUAAUCUCUCAUUUUAAUUUGAUCACGUUUACAUGAUAGGUGGGGUGACCUG